AUGGCAGGGUUCGCGGGGACCGCAUUAGAUCUCGCUAACCAACUUGCUAUGAAGGACCAGGCAAAGAAUUGGAACAAGGAACUUAUAGACAUCACGUACACUAUAUCUGCCUCAAUUGCAGGUAUCGCCUAUGGGCCAUUGUUGAUUAAUCCCGUGGCGCAGUCCCUUGGUCGCACUGCCAUCAUAUUCUGGUGCCUUGUGUUUGCCAUGGCCUGUGCGAUUUGGUCUGCUUGCAUGACAAGUAGAGGAGACUAUGAGCGUUUCGUUGCAUCGCGCCUCUUUGACGGCAUCUUUGGUUCAAUUCCAUCUAUCGUUGGCGUGGGAGCGGUCUAUGACAUGUUCUUUCUGCACGAGCGUGGCAAGGCAUAUGCCAUCUUUCAUGUCUCCUUUCUGUUUGGUACUGUUGCGGGCCCGACCUUUGGGGGAUUCAUCGUCCAACAUACCGAAUGGCCGUGGGUGUUUUGGUGGAUCGUCAUUGCACAGGGAGUCGUUCUGAUUCUUGCGUUCCUUUUCCUGGAGGAGACCAGCUACUCUCGUGACGGGAAGACAUCAUCCGCCGUCAAGCCUAAGAACUUCUGGGCUAACCGGAUGGCGACCCUCCUUCCUCAUAAGACGGGGAUAUCCCACGCAGAACUGGGUCGCAUCGCUCGCCUACCUUUCCGCAUCGGUCUCUCACCCGUUGGCCUUCUUAUUGGUAUCUUCCAAUUAGCAUCAUUCGGCUGGUUCGUCGCAACGCACAGCCUGUUGACUGUGUGGCUGGAGAAACCCGUCUCCGUCGGCGGAUGGGGAUUCAGUCCUCAACGGAACGCCCUCUUCAUCUUCUCCCUCUGGGUCGGCCUCCUGACAGCCGAACUAUGGGGCUACCUCUGCAAUGACCGCAUCGCUCUCUGGAUCUGCCGCACGCGCGAAAAGGGUGUAUGGAAGCCCGAGUGUCGGCUACAUGCCCUCUGGAUCCCGUCGCUCAUAGUUCUUCCCAUCGGCCUUGGCAUCGUCGGCUCCGCUCUACAAUACCAUCUACACUACAUGGUCCUCGCCUUAGGUGCCUAUCUCAUCACCUUUGCUUCAAUGAGCUCUGUUCCCGUCGCUGUAACCUAUAUGAUCGAAUGCGUCGCUUCGCAGCCCACCGAGGUGGGUGCGUUCAUGGGCGCGUAUCGUCUCACGCUGGGGUUGGUUGUGCCAUUCUUCAUCAACCAGUGGGUUGCCCGGGUGGGCUUUGGUUGGGUAUAUGGAAUGAUGGCCUUCUUUUCCAUUUUUGCAUUUGGGUUCGUGGUUGUAUUAAUGUUGCUUGGUGCUAGCUUGAGGGAGCGGACGUUGGCCAAGUUCGCUCCUAGUGAGAUUGGGGCCAAGGUUAUAUGUAUCAGUGAUGAGGACGGACCAUAG